GGGCUCGAUCCAGCUCCUGCAUGACGUUGGUCGCUCAAACACACGCUCGACCGAACGACCAAGGCAACACAGAGACCCAGACGUCGGUAGCGUACGUUAGUAACUCGCCAGCACGCUCAUCGAAUCGAACCCAAAAAAAGCUUGUGCUUGCUCGUUGCGCGCGCGAGGGGCAAAGGAGCGGGGGGCGAAACAGCCAGCCAGCCAGCAUGGGCCACGCGACGAGCCGUUGCGAUGCCGGCUAGUGGUAACUGGGGAGAGAUGCCCGCCACCACCAACAGCUCGGCCGCGAUAAGACAUUUCAACGAAGGGCAAUAGCAGGGAGUGAGACGCGGACGGGCCGUCCCAUACAUAAAACGCUGGCCCGUCCGCCAGGUCCCCUCGAGAGCGGGGUGAGACGACGGGUGCAGUCUUUUUUUCUUUUCCCUUGUCGACGGCUGUGUCGUUCUUCUCGCCCACGAGGUCUCUUGAUCAACGGGCGUUGGGGUCCUCGUCAUCUUUUUAGAAGCACCAACAAGACGUGCCGUCCGCAGUCGUCUUGCGCCCCAUCAUGGCGGCCAAGUCUCGCUUCCGAUACUGGGCCGACCGACUGGCGGUCGAGUCGGAGCCGGGACUGACGGCAAGCCAGCUUAUGCUCACAAACCACGACCUCAAGCCCGUCGAGCGCGCCCGCCGCCAGUGGGGCAGCUGGAACUUUGUCGGCUUCUGGAUCGCCGACUCGUUCAACAUCAACACCUGGAUGAUCUCGUCGUCCAUGAUCGUCGCCGGGCUCUCGUGGUGGCAGGCCUGGCUGUGCGUCUGGCUCGGGUAUGCCGUCGCCGCCGUCUUCAUCGUCCUGACCGGCCGCAUCGGCGCCGUCUACCACGUUGGCUUCCCCAUCGUCGGCCGCGCCUCGUUUGGCAUCUGGGGCAGUUUGUGGCCUGUCUUUAACCGCGCCGCCAUGGCCUGCGUCUGGUACGGCGUCCAGGCCUACAUCGGCGGCCAGUGCGUCUACCUCAUGAUCCGCGCCAUCUGGAGGUCCGGCUGGGACCGCACCACCAUGCCGGGCCCCUUUGACCCGGCCGCCUCCAGCACGCCCGACUACGUCUCCUUCUUCCUCUUCUGGCUCGUCUCGCUGCCGGCCAUCUGGUUCCCCGUCCACAAGAUCCGCCACCUAUUCACCGUCAAGGCCUACUUCGUACCCCCUGCCGGCAUCGCCUUCCUCGUCUGGGCCGUCGUGCGCGCCGGCAACAUCGGUGCCAUCGUCCGCCAGCCCAACACGGUCCACGGCAGCGCCCUGGCCUGGGAGCUCGUCCGCGGCGUCAUGUCCUCCAUUGCCAACUUCGCCACUCUCAUCGUCAACGACCCGGACUUUUCGCGCUUCGCCCGCCGGCCCCGCGACGCCUUUUGGUCGCAGCUGGUGACCAUCCCCGUCGGCUUCGCCCUCACCUCCCUCAUUGGCAUCCUCGUCUCGUCGUCGUCGGCCGUCAUCUACGGGGCCCCCGUGUGGGACCCGCUUAAGCUCCUCGACCGCUUCAUCGACGAUGGCGGCUCCGGCCAGCGCUUCGGCGUCUUCAUCAUCGCCCUCGCCUUCGCCCUCGCCCAGCUCGGCACAAACAUCGCCGCCAACUCCGUGUCCGCCGGCACCGACAUGACGGCCCUGCUGCCCCGCUGGAUCAACAUCCGCCGCGGCGGCUACAUCUGCGCCGCCGUCGGCCUCGCCAUGUGCCCCUACAACCUGCUCACCAGCGCCAACAACUUCACCACCUACCUAUCUGCCUAUAGCGUCUUCCUCAGCUCCAUCGCCGGCGUCAUGAUCUCCGACUACUACUUUGUGCGGCGCGGCUUCCUCGACAUCCGCGAGCUCUACGACGCGCGCCGCACGGGACCGUACUUUUACACGUGUGGCGUCCACUGGCGCGCCUACGCCGCCUACAUCGCCGGCAUCCUCGUCAACGUCGUCGGCUUCGCCGGAGCCGUCGGCACCAAGGUGCCCAUCGGCGCCACCUACCUCUACAACCUCAACUUCUUUGUCGGCUUCGGCGUCUCCUCGGCAAUGUACUGGGCGUUGUGUCGCCUGUUUCCCGUGCCGGCCACAAGCGACAAGUGGAUGGAGGUGGGCGACGAGAUAGACGACGUGCAUGUGGCCUACGACCGAGACAGCGACCAAUACGACGAGGAGAGGGUCGCCGGGGAGGGCAAAGGCGGCUCAUUAUCGCCGCGGGUAGACUAAAUCACGGAUUAUUGGGGGGCGUUUUGAUGUUUGGAGUUUGCAUUGCGAGCCUUUUUCUGUCUUCAUCCAGAAUAACAAGAAGCUCGCGACCGAAGCGAAUAUUUGCCGUGCCUUUACCCUACAUGCACCUAGGCCGGAAUGGGUACAUGAACAAAAAAGUCUGUGGAAUUCGUCGGUCUCCCGGAGCAUAUAGCAAGCA